UUUUUUUUUUUUUUUCUUUUCUUUUUUAUUAUUUAUAGAAAUGGAUUUCCUUCGACAAUUACCUACACAUGUUUAUAUAACUGGUAGUCUUGCCUUUCUUGUAUGGUUUCGAAACUAUGGUGGUUAUCGAUAUCGAUGUCUAAUGGCUAUUCUCUCAUUAAUAUUAAUGGCCACAUUUGGUGUCAUUGCUUCUCUCAUCUUACCUAUCUUUGGUCAAGCUGGAUUGAUCAAUUAUCUUGUUGCUAGAGGUUAUCAUUAUAUUGGUGGUUUCUUCACUGGUCUUCGUACUACUAUUAUAGGUCAAGAAAAUAUUUUACAAUCACCAGCUGUUUAUGUUUGUAAUCAUCAAACAAGUUUAGAUAUCAUGGUUAUGGGUUCUAUGUAUCCAAAGAAUACUUCAGUUGUUGCCAAAAAAGAACUCAAGUAUUAUCCUUUUUUGGGCUGGUUUAUGACAUUAAGUAAUGCUAUCUUUUUGGACCGAAAGAAUCGUACCAAUGCUUUGAAAGAAGCUAGACAAGCUGCAGAAGAUAUUCAUAAGAAAAAGAUCAGUGUUUGGUUAUUCCCUGAAGGUACUCGAGGUCAUUCUUCCAAGGUAGAUCUUUUACCCUUCAAAAAAGGAGCAUUCCAUAUGGCUGUUCAAGCACGUGUCCCUAUUGUACCAGUUGUGAUUGCAAACUAUAAUGAUAUUUAUUCUACCAAAGCAAAACGAUUUCUUCCUGGCAAUGUGAAUAUCAAAGUAUUACCACCUGUUGUGACCAAUGAUAUUGAUGAAGAUUCAGCUUCUAUUGAAAAGCUCAGUAUCCGUGUACGUGAAUCUAUGUUGACAGCAUUGCGUGAAAUCUCUCCAACCACCAAAGAAGAAUAAUAGGAUUAAAUAGAAAGGAUUUUGUAGUAAUAGUAUCUUUUUGUGUGUGUGUGUGUUUGUGUAGUUUAGAGUAUCCUUUUAUAUAUAUACUCAAUAAACAAAUCAAAAUGAUAUCAACUAA